UCGACGCGUGUUGAUGGCCAUCGCGAUUUUUGGGCAACUACAGAGAUAAAAUUACUCGCUUUAUUAGAAUGCAGAUAAGACGGCGUAGUGCAAUAAUCAAUACUCAAACGCGCUAGUAGAACAAUUAAAAAUGCGAUAGAUUAGAUCGAGUUGAUUGGGCAUUUUAUGCUAGCUGAAAAAAGUAUUGAUAUUUCAAAAAAAAACAUAAGCCAGCUACAAAUUUCAGUCCAUGUAACGGUCACACAACCCCCCACGCACUCUGCUUACAUACAUAUAUUUUCUAACUUGCGUUAUUUACCCCGUCAUUGGGGGUAGAUUUUCACGUUAAGUGUGAGCGGUUCCUGUGUGUGUGUGUGUGUGUGUGCUUGUGAAGAAAACCGUGGAGCACGAAAAAGAAAAAUCCAUGAAAAUACAAAUCAACUGCUUCUUCGUCUCACAAAAACCAAUUUCCAGUAGAGCACUGUAAAUUUCGUUGCGAAAAGUACGUGACAACGGGGGUCAUGUCUCUGGAGGAUCCAUUUUUCGUUGUUAAGGACGAGGUAUUCAAAGCUUUGAACAAAACACGCGGACUCUACUUGCGUUGGCGUGAGCUUGGCGAGAGCGGUGGAGCUGAGGUUGAAUGGACCACAACUGAGCUACGUAACUCGCUGCGUAGCAUCGAAUGGGAUCUGGAGGAUUUGGAGGACACUAUCAGCAUUGUUGAGAAAAACCCGAGCAAGUUUCGCAUCGAUAACCGUGAACUUUCCAGCCGGCGUCAUUUCAUCGACAAUACUCGCGAUGAGGUCAAACAGAUGAAGGAGAAAAUGAGCCUGAAUCGGAGCAGGGACAGAGAUAUAACCGCACAUCAGCCGCUACUCGACAACGAACACAAAGACAGCAACAAUUCUACAGAUCAUCAUCACACCAACGAAUAUCAUAAUCAUCAAUCGCACAACGAUCGUACCUAUCUCGUAGAUUGCCCCACAGCAACCACAAAUUCACUCAUCAAUAGCGGCAGUCAAGUGGUGGCCAAUACCAUAGCGGGAACCAUGUCAGCAGCAGCGGCAGCCGCAUCGCGCCAUAGUGGUACCAAGUACUCUAAGCUGGAGAAUGCAUUGGACAGCCCCAGUCAUUACGGACAACAAUCGUACGGUGCCGGUCUCGAUAGUCCCGGACAUCGAUAUGUGGGGGAAACAGUGUCCAUACAGCAGAGGAUGAUACAGGGACAGGAUGAACAACUGGAUAUGAUAAGUGAUUCAAUUGGAACGUUAAAGACUGUAUCACGUCAGAUUGGCGUUGAGUUGGAUGAGCAGGCGGUGAUGUUAGACGAUUUUGGCAAUGAGUUCGAUACGACCGAGUCCAAGCUGGACACUACCAUGAAGAAAGUUGCCAAAGUGCUGCACAUGAAUAAUGAUAAGCGUCAGUGGGCCGCCAUUUUUAUACUUUCUGCGCUUUUAUUGAUUGUGAUAAUUUUGUUUAUUAUUUUGUAAUUUGCAUUUGUUUUUGCCUAAACUUAAAUUAGUGUAAAUUCUUCAAUUUCGAUUCACAUACAUACAUAUUUGUAUGAGUUUAAUUGGAAUUUUAACAAUCUGGAAUACUUAUAACUCAACUUAGUAUCAGCAAAUUUCUUAGCUGUAUAUACACGGUUUUAUUUUAUAAUACAAACUCGAUUGUACAUGCAUACAUACGUAUAUAGAAUUGUAUACAUACACAUAUAACCCGUUUUCCCUUAAAGUUGCAGAAUUAAAUAUUUAUAGAUUAUGAGUGCUAGUGUCGGAAUAAAGAAAAGAAAACGAAA